AUGAAUGGGCACUGCCACGAAGCACCUGGUGCUAAGAGCCCUGUGCUCUCAUCCAGCUCCCUGCAGAAAAUGUGCUCCUGGAUGCUGAGCUGUUGCUUGGCCCUUCAGCACCUGACCGUGCAGGCCUCCUUGCUCUGCAUCUUCCACCUCCUCCUGCUGCCCACCCUGCCCGAGGAGCUGCCCCAUGCCCAGGCCACCAGCGAGCUGCUGGCACGCUUUGCCUGCGGCAUCUCCACAGUGCUGCAGACCACCCUGGGGAGCCGGCUGCCGCUGGUUCAAAUCCCAUCCUUCGAGUACCUGGUCCCUGCCAUGGUGCUGAGCUCCCACCUGUCCCUUGGUGCCAGCACAGACAGGAACGGCACGGUCGUGGCCAGCGUGUGCCCUGCACCGCACUGCGCCAUUGCGGGGAGCCGGACUAUCUCGCUGCGAGAGGUCUCUGGAGCUGUGCUGGUCUCUGGACUGGUUCAGCUGGUGCUGGGAGUGUCUGGCGUGUGUGGAUGGGCAGCCCAGCGCUGUGGGCCCAUGGUCCUGGCCCCCAGCCUCUCCAUCAUUGGGCUGUCUGCAUACAAGGAGGCUGCUUUCUUCUGCUCCACUAACUGGGGGGUAGCGCUGCUGCUCAUGCUACUUGCUGUCGCCUUCUCCCAGCACCUGGGGUCCUGCCGCUUGCCCUUCUGUGCCUGGCCCCAGGCUCGGGGGAGCUCUGCAGAGCCGUCUGUCCCCACUCUGCGCACGUUCUCGGUCCUGCUCCCAUUCUCUGGUGUCUGCAUUGUCUGUGCCAUCCUCAGCCACCUCCAUGUCCCAUGGGAAUCAGUGGACCAGGCACAGCUGUCCUGGGCCAACAGCACCUUCCAUGCCCCUUGGCUCCGCAUCCCCUAUGCAGGCGAGUUGGGGUGGCCACUGCUUACCGCCCGGGCACUGGCAGUGGGCAUCGCUAUGGCCAUCGGUUGCAGCAUGAACUCGGUGGGUUGCUACGUGCUCUGCGGGAGGCUGCUGCGAGCCCCCCGGCUGCCCUCCCAUGCCUGCAACCGGGGUCUCUGCAUGGAAGGGCUGGGCAGCCUCCUGGCAGGGCUGCUGGGCACCCCGGGGGGCACUGCCGCCAGCAUCGCCAACGCUUGUGCCACUGGCCUCACACAGGCUGGCUCUCGCAUCUCGGUGCAAGCAAGCGCGCUGGCAUGCGUGGUGCUGGGCAUGUCCCCAAGGCUGGCAGGGCUCCUCACCCACAUCCCGCUGGCAGUUCAUGGAGGGGUGCUCUGCAUCACCUAUGCCGUGGCUGUGGGCACCGGGAUCUCCUACUUCCAGUACGCAGACAUUGACUCGGGAAGGAAUAUCUUCAUUGUCGGCUUUACCAUGUUCAUGGCACUGCUGGUGCCACGCUGGCUUGGUGCAGCUCCAGCUCACCUGGCCACAGGAUGGGUGCCCCUGGACCUCCUUUUCCUCUCGCUGCUCAUGGUGCCUGUCUUCUUAACUGGCUUCUUGUCAUUUUUCAUGGAGAACACAGUCUCAGGAACCCUGGAGGAGCGAGGGCUGCUCUCCUACCUGGCACUGCAGAAAGCUGGGGCAGGUGUUCGGCACCCCUGGGGAGAGAGGAGUGAAGCUACCCAGAAGUAUGGGCUCCCCGCUGGGCUGAGGAGGUUGCUGCCAUCCUCCUGCAACACCUUCCUCUGCUGCUUCCUCUGCCCGGGGAGUGAGGAAGAGGAGGAGAAACAGAAAGAGGAGGAGGAGGAGGGCAGCCAUGCCCCGGAGGAGGAAGCUGCUGCCCCAGGGGAAGGGAUGCACCUGCUCCCCAAACCUUCAGCUGGCCAGGAGGCCGAGUGA